AUGUGGCCACCCAGCUCCUGUCUGAGGUUGGCUCCACUCGUCCUCCUCCUGGUGGGCGUGGUCCAGGGCCAGAGCAGCAGUCGAGAGCACUUCGAGGAUGCGGACAAGUCCAGCGAGUACACGGAUCAGCAGUUUGACCUGCGGCACACGAUUCCCGGAGAACCCGGCUUGGAUUAUCCCAUUCUGAGUGCCCCGCCCAAGACGAGCUUUGUGUGCAAGGGAAGGCAUGAAGGUUAUUACGCAGACGUGGAGAGUCGUUGUCAGGCUUUCCGGAUUUGUGCCCAUACCGCCAGAACCCCUCAAGGAUUUGGUUUCCUCUGUCCCAAUGGAACGCUCUUCAGCCAGAAGAACUUUGUGUGCGAUUGGUACCGCAAUGUGAACUGCGAUGACUCGGAGAGAUUCUACGAAAUGAACGAGGAGAAAUCCGUGGGCAGCACCCACGAGAUGAUGGAGCGAGUGCGUCACAUGAUGGAGUACCCCAUGAAAACGAUCUCAAAGGCUUUGCAACAAACCCAAUCUCAGUCGCAAAAUCCGCAUCAAAGUUUUAGCAAAGAUUUAAGCACAGCAAGUGGUGUCCUAAGUCAACCGGCGGUUAUUAAACCCAAUGAAGUCCAGGAAACCCAAGUUGUAGGACGUGGAGAAGCUAUCAAAAGUGAACCUCUAAAUGCUGUGAAGACAGGCAGCGCAACUCUGGAUAAUGAUGAUGAGGGUAUCUAUGUGAACAGCUUGGGGGAACUUUCCUCAGACCCUGGCAUUCAGUUUGAUCACACCAAUGCCCACAUUGUGGCGGAAUAUCCCAGGGAAUACCACUACCAAAAGCAAAAGAACUUUGCCGAGCGGGUGAAUGCUGGCUUGGAAAUCCAAACCGAUUCGGAAUCCAACACUGGAGAGGUGAUGGCUCCCGAAUACAUCAAGCAUAUUAGAAACACCAAGGACGAGGCCGUGCAAGUAGAUCUUGUGUCGAAUAUAAACAACCUGCUGGAUGAGGUAUCCACCGAUGUGGAUCCUUCCGUUUCCGGCUAUCAAUCCAUGGCUCCGCCGAAAGUUAAGCAGCCCUUCCGGUUCCUAAGUCGGGGAUUCUCGAGGGGAAAUGAAAAGGGCAGCUCUUCCACGGGCUAUGGAUACAUUAAACCCAAACAGACGCCCAGCACUGUCAGAUUUACGCCCAAUGAGAUACCCACCGAAGAACAGAAAUCCAUCGAGCAUAAACACAAGUUUUCGAAAACCACAAGUAGCACCACUUCGACAUCCACUGAAUCGGUAGAACCACUGCUGAUAGCACCCACUUUGCCACCCGCUGAGAAUGAGGAAGUGACUACAUUAGCGGCACCUGAGAUUACCUAUACCUCCACCUCGGCAGCAGAACCACUUAGUUUUCUGGCACCACCACCAGCAGAAGUGGUGUCUACCGGGGAAGAAUCGGCCUUCGAGUCCAUUGGCCAGGCAGCUGCUCUGACUGGCAGUCUGCCCAUUGCUGAGGAUAUAGUCCAUGUGGAGCAGAGUCCCGAAUCCGCUGAGAAGCAGGAUGUCCAUCAGGAGGCAGCCAAGUUGCUGCUGGCAGGAGUGCAACUCACCUCCCACAACGAAGAGAAGGCUUUGGAAAGGAACGAAAUAGAGGUCACCAGUACCACCACCAGUAGUCCUAUUACCCCGGUCAUGCUCACAUCCACCGAAGUUGUGACCGAGAUCAGUAGCAUUCAGGAGCGCAUUCGUGGCUACCGCAGGAAUCGUCCUGGAGCCAAGUUGAAGCGUGCCCACAUCCGUCCUUUACCCACCGUGCGCACCACAACGACAUCCACCACCCCAAAGAGCACGGCAACCACUAAGAGCUACCUGGAACGUCUGGCAGCCAGUAGGUUGCGCCUUUCCAGACUCUCCCAGGCCACCAGGAGCACCACAAAGGCAACCACAACCACCUUGCCCAGCACCACAACAGCUCCAACGACCACCACCACGGUUUCCUCCUUCCAGCAAUUACGUGGAGGAGCUGAUCCGGGGCCAAACAAGAAGUUGACAGUGAGGGACCUUGAACGCGAGACCAGGAUUGCUCCCAGCAAGGCCAACUGGGACACGGUGCACAGCAACUUGCAACGUUUCCAGGUGCAACGCGGCAAUCGAGUGUACACACCAGCAACACGAGCACCUGUCAGCAAUGUGGGAAUCACCUCGAGCACCACCAGCACAACCACCACUCCCAGAAGCUAUGUUCAAGCCACCUCCCAACGAUCCACCGUCACCAUAAAUCGCGGAAAGAAUCGCUUCUCCAACUUCAAGACCCAAGCGCCAGUGCAAAGAACUCGGGGCACCACCACUCCAAGGAGCACCACCUUGCGGCCCACCUCCUCGCUUUCCUCGCUGAACCAACACAUCUCGGCCCUGGCAUCCAACUAUAAUGCUGGCUAUAGCUAUAACCCGGCUACCCAGACACCCCAGAUCAACAAGCCCAUCCAACAAUCACACCAGUCACCAUCACAAGUCUAUGCCACACACACCGCCAACGAUUUCGCUGGCCCCGCCUCUCAAUCCCAAACCACAUCCAGCCUUUCUCCCGCCUCCGCUUUCCUUUCCUUCGAUAAGCUAACCCGUGCCAUUGUUGACGAAUCCGUUUUGCAGAAUUUCAAGAGUGCCCAGUCACAGGGUUCCCAUCAACAGCAGCAACAGCAACAGCAACGCCAGCAACAGCAGCAACACCAAGUGGUCAAGCAGCAACAUCACUCGUUCAGCAGCAGCUACGCUAAGCCAGCAGCAGCACAAGCUAUUUCCUCUCUGACUGCACCGCCACGCCCCCAGCAAACAGCUCAGUUACCUGAGAUAGCUAUGCCCCCCGGAAUCGUGAUUGCUCGAGCUGAAGGCCAACGUAUUGCUCCCAACUCCGCCAGCAACAUCAUCUCGAACUUGGCCACUCAGGCACCCGUUACUAACAACCAAGGCAACUCUUAUGUUUCCCUCAACGAUUUCCUAAACAACAAAUUCGGUCAGAGUCCUGCCAGCAGCAGCAGCAAUAUUGCUCCUGCCGCCACUUUGCAACAGCAACAUCGAGUGCCGCAACAGCAACAACAUUAUCAACAGCAAGCCAUUCAGCAACGAGUGCAAAAGCAACCGGUACAGCAGCAACGCCAGUCUUCGGUACAGCAGCAACAUCAGUCGUCUGUGCAGCAGCAACGUCAGCCUGUGCAGCAACAACUGAGCUUCAUUUCACAGCAAUACCAACAACCCCAGCAGCAGACCAUCUACCAGCAAUAUCAGCAACCACAGCAGCAACAGCACUUCCACCAGCAGCAACAGCAACGCCCCACGAUCCACUCCAUCCAGCAACCAUAUCUGACGCCCAACAUUUUCGUGCCCUACCAGCAGCAGCAGCAGCAAUUGCCGCAGUUUCCGCCUCUGGCUCCACCCGUGGCCGUCUCCUCCGGGAAUAUUGCUCAGGGACCGGUGAUAGCCGGACGCCAUGUGGAUCACCUGAAUAUUCAGCUUCCCACGCUGGGCAAUGGUUUGAUACCCGGAUUGCAGUUGGCCCAGAAGCGCAGCGAUGUGUCGGCCAGCCAGCUGCAACUCACUGACUCCACGGGCAAGGCCAGCCUCUCCGGCGGAUCUGGCAAGAGCCGGGAACGAGCCUUCUACGCCGGACGCACAUCCUACGAUGUUCCCCAAAGCAGCGUGGGUCGACUGCCCAACGAUGUUACGCAGCAACUGCGCCGGCGGUUGCGCCGCUUCUAAACGAUAUUACGAGAUUAACGAGCUAGGACUAAAAACUUAACUUAUAGCUAAAUUAGUAAACUAUUUAUGCCUAA